AUGCACGGCUCGGAUGGCGAGCUACUGGACGACAGUCAAAACGAAACAACACCUCGCAGACAGUCUUUCCUGGAGAAAAUCUUUGGUCGAAAAUCCUCGAGCGGUAUAUCACGCGCGCGUUCGACAUCGGGCCGACGCAAGAAAUUGAUAAAAAAAGCAAACAGUAUCCGAUUCUCUUUCGUCAACAAAUACUCAAGGAGCGAAAGUAGGGCAGCUACGCUGGAGAGUGUACGGACUUCGAUAGAGGUGGAAAAGGCAGCAGAAAUCAGACAGCAGGCAAACCAAACACCUCUUCAGGAUGCCGAAUACGUUGCCUUACUGCGAGAGACUCAAAACAUAUACAUUCAUGUACAGUAUGUAUCUGGGGGAAUUGUAGUCCACGAUGCAUCCGGACGUCAAAGAAUACUUCAAAUGGACGAGGCGGCCCGACUUUUUUCGCAGUUGAGGGAUGAGCUUGCAGCCACUACUGUUUGGUCACAGGCUCUAACGACCCGACUCCGAGCAGAGGCGUCUUUGAGGCAAGCAAACUGUCGAGCAGCUGUAGUGGAAUACCAUGAUGCCUUGAAAAUUCUGGAAACCGCUCCAGCGCUCGAUGUCGACAAACUGUCGCGAGCUACCAUUCUGCAUUCCAUGGGACAGGCAUAUCGCAACCUUGACAUGCCUGCCCAGUCGGAAGCCUGUUGCCUGGAGGCCUUAGGACUGUAUAAGCGGGCGCUUGGGCGUGAUAACCCUAAGAACUUUUCCGUUCUGCACGACCUCGGGGCUCUAUACGAGAGAGAUGGAUACGCCACAGAAGCAGCAGCAUUAUAUGAGCGCUCAUUCGCAGGUCGAUUGAAGAUGCUCGGGCACAAUGCGCCGGAGACCCUGAGUAGCAUGCAGGAUCUGGCUUCUUUGAAGGUUUUACUGGGUGACCUGGAAGCUGCCUUGCUCCUGUUAGAGAAGGUGGUACCAGCACUCGAAACAGUCUUUGGUCUCCAACAUGCAACGACAUUGAAUGCGAUGAAUCAUUUAUCUAUCUUAUAUCAGAAACUGAGGUUGGGCGAGGAGUCCCGCGCAAUCAGCCAUAGGACCAUUCCGCACUGCAGAACAUUCUUCGGCAUCAACAGCCCUAUCACCAGAGACGCAGUUGUCCGGUAUUUCCAAGAUUCUAAUAAUUUUGACUUCCCCACGGAUAUCCAAGACAUUCUCGACCACUAUCAACGAUCCAGGGAUCCAGACUCCCUAAAAGUCAUUCACCAACUAGGGAGAUCAUACAUGGAUAAUGGCCUCAAUCAUGACGCUGCAGAGCUUUUCGAAGCGCUGGUCGAGGACUUUCUGACCAUCAAAGGCCCUGAAGCGUCAGAGACCUUUGAUGCGCUCAGUGCGCUAUGUGUCUCUCGGGAGCAUCUCGAUUCCAUCGACAAGGCGAUUCUUGCAUACAAACAGCUCAUCCAUAUGGCAAAUCGAACACCAGCGGAUCACCCCUCACGGAAAAGAAUUGGAUACGCAGAUAGGCGAAUCUCAGACCUCAACCGCCGACGAGACAUUCUCGCCGAUGAACGAAAAGCAUGGUCUCUUCAUGAACCAGCUCAAUGUGAGAAUUGCAGAACUAACACGAAAGUUCUCUGUAACACCUGCAAAAUCUUCCGCUUCUGUAAUGAAAUCUGCCAAAAGCAGGCCCUCCAAACACAUUUUCCCUACUGCAUCCCUUCCGUCUCCCUCCGAGAAUCCAAGUCUCUCGCUGUAAAGGCCAGAUGUCCCACCUCCGCACGCGACCAAGCCAUCUCCAAAAUCCGCCGUGUCGACAAAACCAAAUCCGUCAACGUCACAGCCAGCUACACCUUCUACCUCGACCCUCGGAACUUCACAACCUUCCGAAUGAAGCUCAACUCCGACACAAACACCGUCAUCCUCUUCUCCCUGGACUGCGACAUCCAAUACGCCACCAUCGACAACCCCCUCCUAGAUCACAACCAAGGAGACUCGACCAGCAGAUCCACCUCUCCGUCGUCAACCUCCUCCACGGCUGAUCUCAAGGGCGUCCGAUGGCUCUCCCCAGACAGACAAGAAGCAAUUGUCUACGUACCCUCCGAAAUGCCCCAGCCCCAAGCCCGCUACGUGCUCGUCACCCCAGGGAGAGAAAUGCUCAAAUCAAUCAUCGAGAGGCGAGUCGGUGUGCGCGGUGGCGGCGGCGAGAAGGAACGGUUCCAGGCGCUGGAGUUACCCGAUGAUGAACUGAUUGAGUUCGCGCAGGGGUUGCUUCUUACUGGAUUUUUGGGGGAGGUGUUUAUGCACGUUGUCGAAUGGGUAUGGAAAUAA